GUGACCCUCCGCAAGCCGCUGCCUGGAUUGGGCAGUGUAUCCUCUACUUGCUGAUAAUGGUUUUUGAGAAGACUGUGAUUAGCCUUGUCCUGCUUGUCCCUGGUUGGACAAAGCUUCAGCAGAUCCUCCUGGGUUACAUCCCAAACCCCCAGCUGGAGCUCGUCCUUGUCAUGCUGGUUGUGCCUUUUAUAGUCAAUGCCAUUAUGUUCUGGGUUGUGGACAGCCUGAUCAUGAGGAAAUACAAGCAGAAGGACACCCUGGACAUCAAUGGAUCCAUAGAAACUCCUCGGGUUAGGAGGACUGAGGAAUCUCAGGUGUUACUCUCUCCAGACAUGGAUUUUGAUCAGUCUGAAAGCGACCAGGAUAUUUCAGGACACCAGGGAACAAACCAGAAGAUGAAGCAGCCCAGCUAUCAGGUGGUCAUCUGA